UAUUUACUGAUCUCACCUUGCUUCACCGUGCCUAGGUCUUGACAUACUUUUAUUUGUUUUCCAUCAAUAAUGACCGAGUAACAUUCAGAUAGCCGUUCGGAAUGUUUCAAUUGUAACGCUUUUUAUGUAGGUACAUUACAUUCUUCAUACUGACAGUGCAGCUACCAAUGGCAACAGGACCGCUCCCGUACGUCAAGCUAAGGAGGAGCUGCAGGGGGCAACUGUAGAAUAUUCAGUCCUAGACUAAAAAAAUCGAAAAUUAUAAGACUAAUGCAAAUAAUCAAUAAAAACAAUGCUGAAUGAUUUUCAAAGGCCAGAUUUGUUAAUUAAUUAUUUACAGGCGUCAAAAUAGCCUUAAUGAACUUUUUAAGGGACGUUGAAAUGUUUAGGAGGCUACGGAAUUCCAUAUUGAGGUUAGCUGAACUGUGGGGGAUUUGUCAUGAAGUGAACUGACAGAGAAUUUAAUUGGUACUAAUGAGUUCAAAACUUAGCUUUAGUCAGAAUUCAUAUACAGUAAAAAAAAAAAAAAGAAAAAAAAAAAAGAAGAUAUAUGUAUCUUUAAAAUAAUUCCAUAUAAAAGUAUACAGUUAUUUUUAUUUUUGGCGCGAAUGUAUCGUUCGUGAUCGCCUGUGAAGAAAGCGUGGUUUUUAUGUCACAUUUUCCAAACACUAAGAUUUCAAACUCGAACAUCAUCUUUUAGAUUUCUAGAUUUAAAACUGAAUUAAGCGUCCAACUGUAAUUCCCUAGAUCCCCUUCGUGAUCCUUUGGAGCACGACUUUAAAUAUACACGACAUUUCUACGCUGGAGAUGUUUGUGUGACGCGGGUUGUGUUCGUGGAGAUGCUCAGUUUGUCCCCGGCCAUACAACACCAGUAGACCGUCUUAUGCAGCAGCCAUCAAUGAAGUAGCUCACUGUAGCGGCACAAUUAGAUUAUAACUGUCUUUUAUUCUUCAAAAGGAAAUUAUCCAAAUUUAUUCAAGAAAUACUGUUUGCGAAUGCGAUUUUACAAAGAAGACCUGGAAUUAUUACUGCAAGAAAUUAUCACGGAUCUGCCUGAACAAUUACAUUUUGCAGAGCGGCUGUCAGUUUAUCUGUGCCAAACGUAUUUUUAAACGGAGCAAACUAUACAGGUAAAGAAAGUUUAAAAGUGAUCAACUGAUCACAGUUUUGGCAGCAGUUCAACACAAGAUAUUCAGGGGACAAAACUUUGAGCAGUUCUAAGCAUGGAAUAUUACGACGAACGUCAGGAAACCAUCAAGAACGAGAACAGACGAGCAAGCAUCAUGAUGGAAAGACAAAUACAACAUGGAGUAGUUGUCAAUCAGCCACGCCAGUCAAUCGUGUCCAUGUCAAGCACGACCACAUCCCAGCCCCCCGGGGGCGGAGGUGGUAUGGGUAUGAUGGGUGCCAUGAUGGGAGGGGGAGGGGCUGGGGGCGCGGACCCCAUGAUGGAUAUGAUGAGAUUGAUCAGGGCCAAGAAGGUUGGACAACGGUUACGCCGGAAGUCCGUCAAUCCAAAACUGGACCCUCCUCCGGGACUGGAAGGAAUCAACGACAAGGGAUUCGUAUAUGUCCGACAGCAGCUGGACAUGGACCUCAAAGGUGGAUGUUGGUCCUCAAAUACAUACAAAAUAUGGGACGAGACAGAGGACGAGCUGUUCUACGUCAUUGAGGCAUCCAGCUGUUGCUGCCGAUGGUUCUGUGGUCCCCAGCGUCAGUUUAAACUAGAUUUCUAUACACCGAGUGACGAUCUCGUGUUUACGUUACAUCGGAAGUCAUGUCGAUGUGACUGUUGUUGCUGGUUGGAUUGCAUGUUUUGUAACAACAAAGUCUAUGUCGUCGACUGCCUCAACCGGACGCUUGGCUCCAUCAAACAACAGUACAGUUUGUGUGGCAGCAGGUUUGAUAUCUUGGACAGCGAAGGCGCCCUGGUGGCCAAGAUCGUCGGCCCCGCUUGUUCCUGUCGGUGUGCUGCCGAGUCCACUCUUGAGAUAAUUGACAAGACUGGCGAGGAGAUCAUCGGCCACAUCAACAAAAAAUGGGAAGGCAACAGGGAUGAUGGUAUCAACAUGGACCACGAGUACUUCGAUAUCCACUUUCCGGAAAAGAUGGAUUCCAUAGAGAAAAUGUUGGUGGUUGGAGGGGCUUUCCUCAUGAAUUACAUGUACUUUGAGAUGUCUUGAAGUGAAAGAUUGGAGGAAAAACAAAAAAUGCUGGUUCAUCGGACGUGUUAAUGCUGCGAUUAAAACCAAAAAUCUGUGAUAAUGUAUUUUCUAAGAGGAAAAUAUUUUUGUCUCUUUAGAUAAAAAAAUACAAUGUAUUUCACAUAGGCUGUGGAUGGAAAGUGAUAUUGUUCAAAAGAAAUGCUAUAUUCAAAGUAUGAACUAUCUAUAUAAUGUAUAUAUUUAACACUUUACCUGUGUUUUGAUAAAGGGGCAGAUUGCCUCGAAAAUUCGACAAUUUACUUGUCUGUACUGUUACUACUUGACAAUAAUGUAUAUAUUUAACAUAUAUGCUAUUAAUUACAUGAGGUAUGUCAUACUCGCGGGCAUUGUUUUAGAUGCUCAAUAUUUAAAUCAUGAUGUUGUCUUUCAUAUGUAUAUUGACUCGCGUGCUAUUUACGUAUCAUAAAAACUGUGAAUGGCAACUUCCUUUUCUACAAAUCAUAUUCUAAACCAAUCAGUGGGUUAGAUAUGAUUUCUGUAAUUCGAAUGGAAAUUCAAACUUUAUGUUUUAAUAGUUUAGUUGGUUUCAGUUCGUUCUAUUUUUACGUCAAUAUUGUCAUUUCGUUUUGUUCUCUCCUCUCCCUGUUAUGAACUUUGAAUGUUUAUAAACACGAUCGAUGUCCAAGAAAGUUGCCGUCUAUUAAUGAAAUGAAACUCGGAGUUCGCACAGUUCACAUUCCUCUACAAUAAAGCAGGCUUUUCCUCGGUAACAAUGAGUGGGCGGACAUGGACUAUGUCGCCCGGUAACUAGGGGAGACAAUCCUAGUAGGAGAGGAAUGAACAUAAACGUGUUAUAUGUUUAUGUGCCAUGUUAUUGUUUAUUGUUCGUUAUAUAUCCAAUACUCGGGUUCACAUAGGUCAAUACUACAUUGAUAGGACGUCGAUCUUUUAAAUAUUUAGAGAGGAAAUACUGAACUUAUUUUAUUUCUACUCCAUACAUAAGCAUUGAAUACUUUAGAUCCGCCAUUUCAAAGUGUUAUAGCUAGUCAUUGUGAACAAAACAGUAAAAUGUAUCUCAGUUAUGAAUACGUGGAUGUUUUCGCCGAAAAUGCUCCGAUGUUAAAACAGAUGAAUGUAGGCAUAAACUAAUGAAAAAUCAUACUUUACAUAAAAACGCUUUAGAAUAUCUUGUAACGGUCAUUUCACCAUGAUUUAGAUACUGCAUGAGUAGUUAUUGUGAGUAAACCAGUAAAAUGUUUCUUCGAUAUAAAUCCGUCACUGAAAAUGACCCGCAGUUAUAUAAAUGUGUGAUCUACGUUUGGCAUUGUUGAUUGCUAUUAUUUAUUUUGUACAGGUUUAUGUUUACGAUCAAGAAUAUACGUACAUUUAUAUAUAGCGACUGAAUGUGUGAUAAUGUUUCAGGCUUGUAAUAUAUGUACAAGGAUAUGUAUAUGGUAUUCGAAAUAGGUGAAGAUUUGUUUAGGCUUGCAGAUUUAAUAUGGGGACUAUAUAUGGGAUUCCGAAUUGGUAAUACUGUUUUAGGCUUGCAUAUCUUAAGACAUUAUAUGGGAUUCCAAAUGGGGUGAUAAUGUUUAGCCUUGCGGUUAAAUGAACGUGUGUAAGGAUUUCAACAGUGUGAUGAUAGCGGAUUAUAGACAUGUAUGUGAUCAUACUGAUGGUUCCAGAGAUCCAUUUAUACUGUGGUUCAGACUUGAUGAACUACAAUAGGCUGGCCGAUAUACAAACGGAAUUCCAAAUGCGUCAUUUUAUUAAAGUUUUCUUUUUCCACCAUUGAUACAUUAACUUCAACCAUAAUUUAUCAUUGUAUAUACGUAAUUUUAAUAAUUCAUUAUUAAACAAAUUAAAACGUAGUACCUUCUCUUAAGUGAUUUCGUUCUUUUUUGCAUAACGUAUAUAUAUACGUACUGCUUAGGCACUUGUAUCUGGUCAUUAACACCCAGAGUUAAUCGAUUUAUGUACUAUUAUAGAACAAAUCGAAAAUAUUGGAUCUUGACUCUAGGUGAUAAUAGUAUUAUAGCGAGGAUAUUUGAUUUUAACUCUGUGUGUUAUACAGUAUAUAUCGAGGAUAUUGGAUUAUAACUCCGGGUAUUAAUUACCAGAUAAAAAUGUUGAUGUGUACUGUUAACUUGGUUAUUUCCGCAGGGGGUUAAUUUCGGGAUUUCGAUAGGUAACCUCUACACGUGGAGGUUAUUUCCGCGGUGAUUUAAUUUCGCGAUUUCGAUAAGUAACCUCUACGCGCGGAGGAUUAAUUUCGCGAUUUCGAUUUUCGAUUGGUAAAUUAUGAUUUUUUUGAUUUUUUUUUUUUUUUGCAUUUGUUCCAUAAAUACCAUACAAAAAUGAACAUCACGGUCACCAGAUAUUACAUGCGGGGAAAUGGCUUUCGCGUAUUUAGCGUAAAUUGCCCCCUCGCGUAAAUUCCAAAUUUACAGUAUAAAAUAUUAAAAUUAUUGAAAGCCUUCGUAUAGACAAUUUAUACACUAAGGUGAAGUAGGUACGGACUAAACACGUUGGUCAGAUGGUUUAUCAGAUUUAUUUUUUAAUAUAUAAGCGACACAUCGAAUGGCUACAAGCACCAAGAAGUCGACAGGAAUGUAUUCGACCUUGAUGAAAAGAAACAAGGUAAAUUUUCAAAAUAGGUUCCUCUAAGGCAUCUACAGACUAGUUGAAGUGUAUGAAAACACGUUGUAAUCAAUGGAACAAUUUUAUAAGACAGACCGUAAGUGAAAACGGCUACAGAUGAUAUGUAAUAGUGACGAUUUAACACACAAUGUACCUGCUACAAAGGCAAAUACAUAAAAGGUAAUACACAAAUGUCAAGUGCAACAAAUCUGGUUAUUAUUGCACCUGUAAAUAAAUAAAAACUAAAUUAUUAUGUACAACUUUCAUAGAACUAAAUAACACCAAGAAAUCAAACUACUAUACAAAUUAAAUACUUGAAUGAUGAUACAACAACAAGUUCAACGUUUGAUCCAUUAGUUCUUCUAUUGACACGCUUGUAUCAUUUAAUAUUUAAUACCUUACUCAUAUUUAUAUACUUAAACAUUU